GCAGCAGCAUCAGUGUAUGUGUGUGUGUGUGUCUCUGAGUGUGUUGUAGCCUGAAUCUGGACACCCUCUCUAAAUUGAACAGGACCCCUCUGCAAGCAGGCCGUGCAUUUUGCCCCUCUCAAUGUGCUUUUUACCAAAUGGAAGCAGAGGUGUUGAACCCCCAGAUGAUGGCAGACGUCAAUGGCAACAAUAAAAUCACCAACGCGGAGCUGGAGGUGUUAAAGCUUCAGGAAUUGGUCCGAAAAUUGGAGAGGCAAAACGAACAAUUGCGGACUCGAGCGAACGCUGUAAACAAUUGCUCCAUCGGCCCUCAUCCCCAGACCUCGUUGUCGUGUCUGCAUGGGGGUACAGCUUGUCCGAGUGACAGUUUCUCCAGCAAAUACAGUAUUUUGAGUCCAACUCAGUCGCAUCCGUGUGCCCCUGGACUCCGGGGAUCAACGGAGGAGCCUUUCGCCUAUUUCCAGGCGAGCUCGGUGUCUCCUGAUGCCGCCGCGGAGGACAGCGGCGCCGCUGGACCCGCGACUGUUCUGGAUGAGGUUGAUAUUUUGGACCUCAACACCGUGCUCCCUGUCGGAGAGCCUGAGAGCUGGCUGUAUGUGAGUCCCAAAGCCAAGCUGCAGGGUGAGCGUAUCCUCAGCCCUCUCCAGUGGUGCAGGCAGGUACUGGACCACCCGGGGCCUGAGGUGGAGCUGGCUAAGAUGACUCUCUGUCACAGACUGGACCAAGCUAAGCGGUGGAGAGGACUGUCCUCCGUCCGUCCAUACAGCUGCAUAGAGGGAUUAAACACCCUCAGCUGCCCUGUCCUGCCUUACACUAAACCUGCUGCACUAACUGAGUCCCCAGCUCCAUUGCCAUCAUCUGGUCAGUCUUUCCUCCAGCCAACCCUUCCACUCAGGGCCAGCUGCAGCCUCAGUGACAGAGCACCCACCUUCCUAUCAAACUCAACUCUCCACAACCUUGGUCGCCGGCAUGCUGCAAUUAGCCCGCAGUCUUCCGUGGACAGUGAGGUGGGUGUUUCAGAACUGGAGGAUGACUCUAUCUCCAUGGGAUACAAACUGCAGGACAUGACAGAUGUGGAGGUCAUGGCUCGACUUCAGGAGGAGAGUCUCCGACAGGACUACGCCUCUACCUCUACCACAGCCAGUCGCCGCAGCUCCAGCUUCUCCAUACACUCCCUCAGGCGCAGUGAGAUGGAUCUCGAGGAGGAGGACGAGGAAGAUGAGGGGUACGACCAGCUCCCUCCUCCCCAGCCUCGACUUUUCCGUACAGGGUCUAUGCAGCGGGGCAGCCUGCCCCACUCUCACACCUUCUCCAGUAUCAGAGACUGCAGACGCAGCUCAAUCACCCCACAGUAUUCACUCAGUGGACUCUCCCAGUACUCUGGGAACUCCAGCCUGACCACAGAAACACACACAGCAUACAGGAAUAGCACAGACAAGCUACGGAGAAGCAUGCCCAACCUGAUCCGAGCUCCCAGCAUGCCUAGUGUUCCCAGUAUUCCAUGCCUGGUGUCUCCCGUCAACCCACCCUCCCACGGCCCUUCCUCCUUGCCAACGAUGUCCUCCCUCCGGAGCAGCCAGAGCUUUGACUCGUCCAAUGGGCUCGCACGACUCCAGUCCUCCAUUCCCCCACCUGGCCAGCUCAGUCAGCGUGUCCAGAGCGUGGGCAAUUUCCCCACUAUUCCUCGACACCCACUAAAAGCCACAGCUUAUGUAAGCCCCACAGUCCUGCAGGGUCCCACCUCCACCUCCCUGUCCACCUCUGCCAGUCUACACUCCAUCCCUAGCAGUGCUGCGCUGCCUCAGCCCCUCAAACCCAGCAGCAGCUUGGUACCGCAGCCGCUAAAAGCCAACACCAACCAGUCGGCUGUCCCCCGCAGCUCGCUUCCUCGCCCAGCCUCCUUUGUAGGACUCAGUGGAGCUUCACGGCCGAGCAAAAUCACCCAACCCACACGCAGUUUGCUGACUCCCCCAAAGAGCCUCGCCUCCCUGAGCGCCCUGAGGGACGGCAGCUGGAAAGAUGGCUGUUACUAAAUCCAAAUAAACUGACGUUCAAGAGGUACACAGGGUAGCACUGGAUGGGACCCAAUCGAUUGACACAAUUUCUACGCGGAGGGCCCAGUCUUGGGCUAUGACCCAAGAGAAAGUGACUGUUAACCUUUUUAAAAAGCACUACUCUUGACUGAAGGACAAAGUAGAGACUGAGAGCAGUAUGGGUCCAGCAGGCUGGAUCUUUUCCUUACUACCUGCUGAAACACAGACUGACACACUUUGAAACAACCUGGCAAUAUUCUGGUAAUCAGUUGUUAAAUGUGAACUGGAUCCUCUUUGAUAUGUGUUUUUUUGAUUUGUCAUUGUGGAUAAUUAAGGCUUUCAUUCAAUAGAAUGAAAACUUCUCUCCAGCUGAAAAACUACGCCCUUGCUUUUGUACAUGCUUUUAAUGAUUUCAUAUGACUAAUUUUGCAGAUAUUCAUUUUUGUCAGACUGUGGUGUCAAAUAUGAAUUUGAACCUGAAACUGUAUUUUUACAUCCUGUGCCUGUUUAAAAGUAGUGUAAUUCAUGUCCAUUAUAUUUAUUGACCUGACCUCACAGCACUUUUUAUCAGAAUUAUGAUUAACACGUUAAAAUAAAUGAUCUUCUUUGUUUCUUAAGUAAAAUGUGACAAUUUGUUAAUGUAAGUGUACACACAUUAUCCUUUGGCUAAUUUCUUUUCAUUAUUGUUUACAUGACGGCUGAGAUUUGUAAUGUUCUUUGAUAAACAUAAUUGCUGCAAUGAUAUUGCACAUAGAGCCCUGAUGCUUUUUAUGGAUGACAAGAAUUUAAAGAGGAGGUUAAUUUUUAAAGUGAAUAAAAGCCUUUCAGAGUA